UAACAAUAAAAAUUCAUGUAAACAAUAAUGAGACAUUAUUUUUGUUCACUGCACGCUUGGCUCGUGUAUAUAUACGCAAUAAAAUAUUGAAUAAUGUCAGAGAUAUCUUAACUUAGAGCACGUAUAAUGAAUUGUUUUAUUUUCAUUUCUCUUUUAAUUCAUUUUAUAUCACCAUCGUUAUGUACUUCUCAAAGUUCUCCUCAAAAGUUUGAAUUCGGUCUCGACAUCGGUAGCGUUGGAUUUUUUUCUUCGGGAAAAAUUGGUUUUUUUCAAAAGAGCGUAGAAGUCCCUAUUCCGACAUUACCCUGUAAGAAAUUGACAUAUGUCCAAGUAGAUAUUUACAACAAACGUGCCAAGCCCAACGUUAGUCUCAACAACAAUAAUGACACAAAAGUACUCAUUAAAUAUAAACUACUUCAGUACAGCAAGUCAUAUUAUGAAGUCUUUGCCAAGUACAUUUCUAUACCCUACUGCGAAACAUUACAAGGACAACUAUAUAGCAACAACUAAUUAUAUAAUGCGCUUUUUAAUAAUUAAACAUUGAAUUUUA